UUUUUUCUUAUUGGGGGGGGGGUUGUUAAAAAAUAAAUAUAAGGGCGGCCAUCUUUGUUUCUCUGCCUUGUAGUGUAAAAUAUUCCAAAACGCCCCCCACUUUUGUGUGUCGAUUUGAAUAUUAAAUAAAUUUCAUAAUUCGAGAGGGAUACAUUUUUUGUUUUCGUGCACCAGGUCGGUGACAGGGAUAUAAUGUCAUCUCCUCUCCGGGUCUGUGAGGAAGACGAGGGCAUGGUGGUUAAUUCCGAGGGAGGAGAUUUUGAUGAAGAAGAAGACGACGGAGACCUAGACGAGAACGCAAGCGACAUAAACUCGCCGGCGGCGCCUAGAGAAACUGCAACGCGAGCCGCGCCAGCUGACUGCGACGAAGAGGGAGAUGUGUCCGACCGGGAGGGGACGACGAAAAAGAAGCGGGGCCCCAAGAAAAAGAAAGAGACAAAAAAGCGAGACAAAGAGAAGGAAGGGAAGUCAACCAAAGUACGAAAACACAAGAAGAUUGACAGCGACGUAGAGAGGGACUCGGACAGGGAGUAUGGAGAGAACUCUGACAGCACGGCCAGCGACUUCGCCGGCGGGGGCAAGAAGAAGAGAAAGAAGCACAAAGAGAAGAAGGAGAAGAAGAUCAAGCGCAGGAAGAAGGAGGAGGGCGACAGCAACCAGGAGGAGACGCCCAAGCCGCUGGAGCAGAAAACCUCAGCCCAGCUGGCACGAGACUGGGGCCUGGAGGAUGUGGAUCACAGCUUCAGUGAAGAGGACUAUCGCACGCUGACCAACUACAAAGCCUUCAGCCAGUUCAUGAGGCCCAUGAUCGCCAAGAAGAACCCCAAGAUCCCCAUGUCCAAGAUGAUGACCAUCCUGGGGGCCAAGUGGCGCGAGUUCAGCUCCAAUAACCCGUUCAAGGGUUCAGCUGCUGCCGUGGCGGCGGCCGCUGCAGCAGCCGCCGCCGCCGUAGCCGAGCAGGUCUCCGCGGUGACCGCCUCCGUGGAACCCCUGCCCCAACCACCCCCACUCCGCAAGGCCAAGACCAAAGAGGGCAAAGGCCCUGGGUAUAAGAAGCGCAGUAAGAGCCCUCGUGUGCCCGAGAAGAAGAAGGCCAAGGCCAAGAAGAUGGCCCCACUUCGCAUCAAGCUAGGAAUUAUGGGUAACAAGAGGAAGAAGAGCAGUUCGAGCGAAGACGUGGAUGAGGAAGACUCUGAGCAGGAAGACUCCAGUGUCCACAGUUCCUCUGUCCGCUCCGACAGCUCUGGCCGGGUCAAGAAGAACAAGCGUGGUCGUCCGGCUAAGAAGAAGAAAAAAACGGUGAUAGGGGAUGAAGAUGGUGAUGGCUACGAGACGGACCACCAGGAUUACUGCGAGGUCUGCCAGCAGGGCGGCGAGAUUAUCCUGUGUGACACCUGCCCCCGAGCAUACCACCUCGUCUGCCUCGAGCCAGAGCUGGAGAAAGCCCCUGAGGGCAAGUGGAGCUGCCCCCACUGUGAAAAAGAAGGUAUCCAGUGGGAAGCGAAGGAGGAGGACUUUGAGGACUUUGAGGAGGAGUGUGAUGAAGGGGGCGUGGUCGAGCGUGGGGGCGGGGCCACAGGAGGGGAGGAAGAAGAGGACGACCACAUGGAGUUCUGCCGGGUCUGCAAGGAUGGUGGCGAGCUGCUGUGUUGUGACUCUUGUCCCUCAUCCUACCACAUCCAUUGCCUCAACCCGCCCUUGCCUGAGAUACCCAAUGGGGAGUGGCUGUGCCCACGUUGCACUUGCCCCCCGAUCAAAGGCAGGGUGCAGAAGAUCCUCCACUGGCGCUGGGGCGAGCCGCCACCCCCCGUGCCCGUGCCCCCCGCCCCGGACGCUGACCCCCAGCAGCCACCCCCGCCCCCCAUGAAGGGCCGUGCCGAGAGGGAGUACUUUGUCAAACUGAUGGCCCAGUCCUACUGGCACUGCACCUGGAUUACUGAGCUCCAGCUGGAGAUCUUCCACUCCGUGAUGUUCCGUAAUUACCAGCGUAAGAUGGACAUGGACGAGCCGCCCAGCCUGGACUACGGCUCGGGCGCCGAGGAUGACGGCAAGAGCGAGAAGCGGCGAGCCAAGGACCCGCAGUACGCAGCCCUGGAGGAGAAGUUCUACCGAUACGGCAUCAAGCCCGAGUGGAUGAUGGUGCAUCGGAUCAUCAACCACAGUGUGGAUAAAAAGGGCAAUUACCAUUACCUGGUCAAGUGGAGAGACCUGACCUAUGACCAGUGCACUUGGGAGAGGGAUGACCUGGACAUACCGGACUUCAAUAUCCACAAGACCAACUACUGGAGGCACAGAGAGGAGGUGAUGAAGGAGGAUCCAGAGAAGCCGAGGAAGAUGAGGAGCGUGAGGAAGGACGAGGGCGAUGAGCCCCCGAGCUAUCCUGUUAAUGACCCCACGGUUAAAUACGAGGAGCAGCCUGACUUUGUGACAGUGACGGGGGGCACUCUGCACCUCUACCAGCUGGAGGGGCUCAACUGGCUGCGUUUCUCCUGGGCCCAGGGCACCGACACCAUCUUGGCUGAUGAGAUGGGGCUGGGCAAGACCAUCCAAACCAUCGUGUUCCUCUACUCACUCUUCAAGGAGGGUCACACCAGGGGGCCGUUCCUGGUGAGCGCACCACUCUCCACCAUCAUCAACUGGGAGCGCGAGUUUGAGAUGUGGGCUCCUGACUUCUACGUGGUCACCUACACGGGCGACAAGGACAGCCGCGCCAUCAUCCGUGAGAAUGAGCUCACGUUCGACGACGCCGCCGUCAAGGGCGGCAAGAAGACCUUCAAGCUCCGGAGAGAGGCGGCCAUCAAGUUCCAUGUGCUGUUGACCUCCUAUGAGCUGGUGACCAUCGACCAGACAGCCCUCAAAUCCAUCGAGUGGGCGUGUCUGGUGGUGGAUGAAGCUCAUCGGCUGAAGAACAAUCAGUCUAAGUUUUUCAGGCGCCUGAACGACUACAAGAUCGAUUAUAAGCUGCUGCUGACGGGGACGCCGCUGCAGAACAACCUGGAGGAGCUCUUUCAUCUGCUCAACUUCCUCACGCCCAACCGCUUCAACAACCUGGAGGGCUUCCUGGAGGAGUUCGCCGACAUCUCCAAGGAGGACCAGAUCAAGAAGCUCCAUGACCUUCUGGGGCCGCACAUGCUGCGGAGGCUGAAGGCCGACGUCUUCAAGAACAUGCCGGCCAAGACGGAGCUGAUUGUGCGGGUGGAGCUCAGCCCCAUGCAGAAGAAGUACUACAAGUACAUUCUGACGCGGAACUUUGAGGCCCUGAACUCCAAGGGUGGGGGCAACCAGGUGUCCCUGCUCAACAUCAUGAUGGACCUGAAGAAGUGCUGCAAUCACCCGUACCUCUUCCCCGUGGCUUCUGUGGAAGCCCCAAAGACAGCCAGCGGGGCAUACGAAGGCACAGGCCUCACCAAGUCCUCCGGGAAGCUGCUGCUGCUGCAGAAGAUGCUAAGAAAGCUGAAGGAUCAGGGCCACCGUGUCCUCAUCUUCUCCCAGAUGACCAAGAUGCUGGACCUGCUGGAGGACUUCCUGGACUUCGAGGGCUACAAAUACGAGCGGAUUGACGGCGGCAUCACGGGCGCGCUGAGGCAGGAGGCUAUCGACCGGUUCAACGCUCCGGGUGCCUGUCAGUUCUGCUUCCUCCUGUCCACCAGGGCCGGUGGCUUGGGGAUCAACCUGGCCACCGCAGACACCGUCAUUAUCUUCGAUUCCGACUGGAAUCCCCACAAUGACAUUCAGGCGUUCAGCCGCGCCCACCGCAUCGGUCAGGCCAACAAGGUGAUGAUCUACCGCUUCGUGACGCGGGCCUCCGUGGAGGAGCGAAUCACACAGGUGGCCAAGCGCAAGAUGAUGCUGACCCACCUGGUGGUGCGGCCGGGCCUGGGCUCCAAGGCCGGCUCCAUGACCAAGCAGGAGCUGGACGACAUCCUCAAGUUCGGCACCGAGGAGCUCUUCAAGGACGAGAUCGAGGCGGGGGACAACAAGGACGAGGACAGCAGCGUGAUCCACUAUGACAGCACUGCCAUCGAGCGUCUGCUGGACCGCAGCCAGGACGCCACCGACGACUCGGACAUGCAGAACAUGAACGAGUACCUGAGCUCCUUCAAGGUGGCCCAGUACAUGGUGCGGGAGGAGGAUAAGAUCGAGGAGAUCGAACGUGAGAUCAUCAAACAGGAGGAGAACGUGGACCCUGACUACUGGGAGAAGCUGUUGAGACACCAUUACGAGCAACAGCAGGAGGACCUGGCACGCAACCUGGGGAAGGGCAAGCGGGUUCGCAAGCUAGUCAACUACAAUGAUGCCGCACAGGAGGACCAAGAAUGGCAUGCUGAUAUUUCAGAUAACCAGUCCGAGUAUUCGGUGGGCUCCGAGGAGGAGGACGAGGACUUUGAUGAGAGACCGGAAGGUCGGAGGCAGUCACGGCGUCAGCUGAGGAAUGAGAAGGACAAACCACUACCCCCCCUACUGGCCAGAGUAGGGGGUAACAUUGAGGUGCUGGGCUUUAACACACGUCAGCGUAAAGCCUUCCUCAACGCCGUGAUGAGGUGGGGCAUGCCAGCCCAGGAUGCCUUCUCCUGCCAGUGGCUCGUCAGGGACCUACGGGGCAAGAGCGAGAAGGAGUUCAAGGCGUAUGUGUCCCUCUUCAUGCGGCACCUAUGUGAGCCGGUGGCCGAUGGCUCAGAGACGUUUGCGGACGGCGUGCCGCGGGAAGGCCUGUGCCGGCAGCCUGUGCUCACUAGGAUCGGCGUCAUGUCGCUUGUGAAGAAGAAGGUCCAGGAGUUCGAGCACAUCAACGGCAAGUGGAGCUUGCCGGAGCUGAAGCCGGAGGUGAGCAUGGACUCCAAGAAGUCGUCCCGCGCGUCGUCCCCCGCCAUCAAGACAGCCACUCCCACACCCGAGCCCAGCUGUAACAACACCCCCUGCACCUCCAAACCCGCUACACCCUCCCCACCUGACAAGCCAGAGAGGAAUGGCAAGGACGGAGAAAAGGAGGAGGGAGAGAGCCCACUGGAGGCAGAUAAGGAGCAGGAGAAGGAGAGGGAGAGUGGCGAGGGCACGGACUCUGCGGAGCCUCCGCUCAACGCUAAGGAAGCGCUGCAGGACCAGCCCACCGGGGAAAAGCCAAUCGCAGAUGAGGGCGUGGCAUCAGGGGAGGAGUCUAAAAAGACGGGCAGUGCCUCGGCAACCACGGAGGAGAAGAGGCUGGAGGAGGAGAGGGCCGAGUCUGAGCUGGCUGGGGAUACGAGGGCGCCGGCCGAGUCCCCCCCCUCACGGGAUGGGAGAUCAGGAGAGGCGGAGAAGGCGGAGGAGGAGAAGACGGAGGAUUCUUCUGUGUCCUCGGAAACGGGCGAAAGCAAGGAGAAGCCAGAAAGCCAGGCCACAGAGGUUAAGAAAGAAGACGUGAAGGGAGAGAAGGAGGCAGGGAAGGAGAUAAAGGCCACAAAGGAGGAGGUGCCCAGGGGCAACGGCAAGGGCGAGCGCCCCCGCUUCAUGUUCAACAUCGCUGACGGCGGCUUCACAGAGCUUCACACGCUGUGGCAGAACGAGGAGCGAGCAGCCAUCUCCUCGGGGAAGAUGAACGAGAUCUGGCACCGGCGGCAUGAUUACUGGCUCCUGGCGGGCAUAGUAGUUCACGGCUACGCAAGGUGGCAGGACAUCCAGAAUGAUCCGCAGUUCGCCAUCGUGAAUGAGCCCUUCAAGACUCAAGCCAACAAGGGAAACUUUCUGGAGAUGAAGAACAAAUUCCUGGCCAGACGGUUCAAGCUGCUGGAGCAAGCCCUGGUAAUAGAGGAGCAGCUGCGGCGGGCGGCCUACCUGAACAUGACGCAGGACCCCACGCACCCCGCCAUGGCACUGAACGCUCGCUUUGCCGAGGUCGAGUGCCUGGCCGAGUCACACCAGCACCUGAGCAAGGAGUCGCUGGCGGGAAACAAGCCGGCCAACGCCGUGCUGCACAAAGUGCUGAACCAGCUGGAGGAGCUGCUGAGCGACAUGAAAGCGGACGUGACCCGGCUGCCCGCUACCUUGUCCCGAGUCCCGCCCAUCGCCGCCCGCCUGCAGAUGUCCGAGAGGAGUAUCCUCAGCCGAUUAGCUAACAAGGGCACCGAGACCUUAACGCCCCCGCCCAUCCCCCCGGGACCUUACGCCACGCCACAAAAUUUUGGGGCACCCUUUACUCCUGCCCCGUCGGGGGCCAUACCUCUGGGAGGGGCCAACUACAGUCAGAUGCCUCCUGGUUCCUUCAUAUCAGUGCUGAACGGCCCCCCCAUGCCGGUGAAGAAGGAGCGAGAGUCAGAGCUGCUGAUGAGCCGGAGGGAGCAGCGGGCCGGGGAGGUGAUCUGCAUCGACGACUGAACUGAACCGCGAUACUCUGUCAACCCUUCUACCUGCGCACGUGCACACGCACGCACACGCACGUGCACACACGCACACACACACACGCACGCACACACACACACACUGGGUCAUACCUGAGCUACAUGCAACUGCGAAUACAUGCGAGACUCCCAUGCAUGCAGACAAACACACGCACAGUCUGAUACUGUAUCUACCCUUUACACGUGCUUACACACACACUCGCUACCGCACGGUCACAUGACACUAAACUGCAGGAAGCGACUAGUUACCCAGCAACAUUUAGGCCUUACGAGUGUCUUGGCAACUUAGUGUAACUCGGGAGUUGACCUGAGAGUUUCUGAGGUCUGCGUCACACACACACAUACCUGGACUGGGUUAGUUGCCAUGAAUCAUCCGUCACUGUUGCAUUUUUCAUUAUGUAACUAUGUGGUAUUUAUGGUUCUUAACAAUACAUAUAUAUAACCUUCCAGUACUUGACACCGUUUUGGUGAUUUUGGCGGUUUCUCUGAGGUCUAUGAAUGGAUUUUGCAGCCUUUAAAUAAAUGACAAGUCAAUUAUUUAUGGUAGAAAUGGCACGCGAUGCUAAACAUCUGAAAACUGUAAAAUGACAAAACAUGCAUCCUGAAUGUGCGUUAGUGAUUCAAGUGAAUUGAUGAUAUUGACCCUAGUUCUACUGAAUAAAUUAGCACUCCACAAGGAAGUUACGUUUGGGACUGCACACACAUACAUGUACUGCACACAUACGCACACUCAUUAACUCACCAAAUACUCACUAUAAAACAUAAAAACACUCCACAUUCUCACUGCAUUCCCAGUGCUAGGAAUACUGCCCAUGCACACACACAAACACACACGCACGCACGCCUGUGGCCCAUUCUGUCAUUCUAUUCCUUUACUCCUUCCAUCCCUUCAUCUUCUCUUCCUUGCCCUCCCUCCUUUCUACUUGUCUGCUUUGAAGGGGUCACAAGCUUUUGAAAGCCAGAAACUGUUCCCCCUGUCUACACGAGGUGGAGCUGCAUGAAAAAGCCUAUACAUUUGUGCUUCAUAUUAUUUGUUUUUUCUCUCUCUGUUUUCUUUUUUAAUUUCCGAAGCAUGCUCUCCACAGUGUAUUAUUUAACUGGAGCAAAUCUUAGUGUACGAAGCCACGCCUGCAAGCCGUAAGAGUCCACAUGCUUUUUUUAAAGGCCCACUGGUCCUUCAUUCCUUUGAGGGGUAUUAAGAUUUGCUGUCCAAUGUCAGACUGGGCACUGAGUUUGGGGGCAGGGGGGUGGGGGUAUUGCUUUGCACCUCAAUAUCUAGAUUUCAUCCGCAGAAAUUGUCACACAGUCUCCAGGGUUUUGGACUGAUGGCCCGUUUGCUCCAGUGAUUCAGUGGCGAGGGAGAGAAAUGCAACUAGGCAGUAUUUAUUGAACUAAAAACACGGUGUGGUCAUGCUUGGGAGUCUUUAAGCACUGUUUCGGUGGGAACCCCCACCACGUCUAUCCGGGAUUACAGUUUUGGGACUGGGGAAGAAGUACUAUUUGAUUAGGCAACACUGACGGGUUUUUUCAAGUUUUUGAAUGUUUUCAUGUUCUUUGGACUAUAAAAAAUACAGUAUUAGAGCAUCUGCCCUUCUUCUCACCUUUACAUCCCUUCAUUCCUUACUUCACCUCCAUCGAUCAUCUGUCAUUAUCCUCUAAUUUCAUCAUUCAUCUUCCUUUUUUCUUUUUAUGAAUUCUGUGAUAUUCUUUGCAUAUUUAAACUUGGUUCAUCGUUUCCUUGUGUUUUUAUUGUUACUACGACUAUGAUUAUUGUUGUCGAUGUUGUUGACGUUGUCCUUGUUGUUAUUGAAAAAAGCUUCUACCAAAAUCCAAAUUUAAAUGAUAAUAAUAUUAAUAAUUAAUGAGAAGUACACUUAGUGCACAGUGCGUCUUUCUAUCAGACGUGUUCUAAUGAAACCAGAAAUGAAGAACGAAGAGGUUGUACUAACUUCAGAAACGAAUAAAAUUCAAAACAAUUUUCUCCUCCUGGUUUACUUUUUAGAUUUGGGGUUAAAAUAACGCUUGUACCAUAAAUUACUUACAUUGUCUUGAAUACAUCGAGAGAGUCAAAGAUCAUUAACAUUAUUCUACAGCUGCAGUUAACCUAGUUCCCUCUUCUCUAGAAACACUGAUCAUUUGAAUAAAAUUCUCCUAACAAAAGAAUGCAAAAUUUUAGUGAAUACUGUAAAUUAUAUAAUUAUUAUCUCAGCAAUUAUAUUUUUCCGGUGUAUAAAAAAAAUCCCAAGAGACUAAAAAUUCAAAUUUCAUAAUACAAAAUUAAAUGUUAAUACUUUUAUCAUUUAAAACAAAGUGACAGAAGGUUGGGCUGUGUGUCAUUCACCUUUCCUGUUUCUGGACACAGUAGUUUCCAGCGAAGAGUUUGAAUGUGUUGACUAAACUUUUUUUUGUCAGAGAGGGAUUUGUGAUCCUUUCACUAAUGUUUUAUUGAAUCAACAUGUUUUUUUCUUGCUCUUUUGUUAUCCCCCACAAUUUUCCUUUCAAAUGUUGUGUUUCUUUUUAUUUCUCGAUAUCAGUCAACUUGUGAGUCGUGGUGCCGAAAAAAAUCAGUGACUGUGUUGUAAUUGAACAUGUGCAGGCGGCGAGCGGAACAUGGUAAUGAUGCAUCUCCUUUUUUGUUUUGUUUGUAAUAAAAUACAAUAAAUGGCAAGUGAGA